CCACACAUGAAUACAUAUUGUUUGAUCGAUGGGGUAUGCUUGAAACAAUGCCCUUGGGCUUGAAUCCUUGUGCCAUUGGGGCUUCUGAACUUUGGCGGCCUGAGGCUUUCGGUGCUGUGCUGGCCGUAGGAAGUGCUCGUAAUGCAGCCUCUGCCGCCACCACUGGGGAGCUGUUGGGAUGCAAAGUCUCACACAUCGUCACUGUGGGCUCCUACCGCAAUUACAGCGCGAUUGCUGCCCUCCUUAUCGAGAAUGGGCAUGAAGAUAUAGAGCAUCAGUACUUCCGAAUGUCUGACUGGUUACGACCAGACGAAGAAUUGGAUUUGAAGGUUGAGCUGAGUGAAGCUUUACAGGCUCUACAAUCUGCAGUGCAGCCUAUGGGCACUGAAGACAGAAUUGUGCUCCUUCAUUGCGACCAGGGCCACAAUCGCUCUCCGACUCUGGCUUUGUCGUUCUUUCUCUACAACGGCCACAAUUUGCGACAGGCUUACCAAAGGCUAUUGCAGGCAAGGCCUGAUGUGGAUCCGUUGCCCCCCUACCGGCGGGGUUUGCAGACUUUGGAAUCUGAGCUCUACGGCGAGCAAACAGUGUUCGAGCAUGAUUAUUUUGCCAGACACAUCACAGAGCUGAUGAGCCUUCCAAACAUCAAGGAGCUGGCUUGUGCCUGUCCAGCGUCAUUUCAUCCUCAACCUAUAGAAGAUGACGAGGAGCCAUUGGAGGAGACAUUAGAUACGUCGGAGACCUUUGAUGCUUCGGAGACCUUUAGCUUUGCUCUCACUGCCUGUAGCUCAGAAAACGAGCUGCGAAGGGAAAGGCCCAAAAGGCCUUUGAUCCAAGGUUCGGCGCUUUGCCAUUGCCGCCUUGAUGGCAGAGCUGACUGCUGCCGGGGUGGAAAAUGGUGUCAUGUUUCUUUGAUUGGAAGUGCUUGAGAGACGCUUGGGCGAGUUUUUGGCCCAAGAUGGUUGCACAUCCCACAAGACUGGAUAGG